CGAAAGUGACCAAUAGCGGGAGAAGGUGGAGUCACGGACGGGGAUGCUCGCUCGAGCGCUCGCUGAUGAACACAAACGAGACAUGGAGGAUCCGUUCGAGACAGCCGGCUGACAGGGGAAAGCUCACCGAUGCUGCAUGUAGAUCCUCUGUCCACAGGAGGGCAGGCAUUUUCUGCUGAAGUGAGAGAGCCUCGUCAAAAUGAAAGCAGAGGAACCACCUCGUGUUUACUUCACUUACACAGAGCACGUUGGCGUCCUUUGCCUUAUUCAAAUGAAGGGAAAUCACUGCAGCCUGCCCACCUGUCUUCACCUCCUCCAGCGUCCAACGUACUUCAACUGACAAAAUCCAGACACAUGGUGAUGUACAGCCGAGUAGUUCAUCUCAGGGUCAGCAGGUCAUCAAUAGCUGUGCUCACUCGCUCUGACUGUGACCAGGCCAUGAAGGAAUGUGAAUUCUCUGAGAAAGAAAAUGAGUUUCGGGGUGAGCUUGUGAACCAGCGGUGGACACGAGGCGAGAGGACCAGCAGCCGCUGUCAGGCCUCUCAGAGACUGCAGAGCCGUCGACCAAUCAUGAUGAAUGUGGAGACUGAUGACAAGCGAACUCGCACUCGGUCCAAGGGAAUCAGAGUUCCUAUUGAGCUCGUAGGACAAGAGCUGAGCUGCCCCACCCCUGGAUGCAAUGGCUCUGGCCAUAUCAGUGGGAGAUACUCAAGACACAGAAGCAUUCUGGGUUGCCCCGUAGCCAGAAAGCGCCGUCUAGAGGAAGCAGAGGCCGAGCAGGAGCAGGAGCAGGAGCAGGAGCAGGAGCAGGAUGCAGAGCAGCCUGCCUCCAAGAGGAAGGCCCACCCCCUGAAACUGGCCCUGGAUGAGGGCUUCAGUGCAGAAAGUGAUGCCAGCAGCGAGGCUGAAGGUGAGGAAGACAAGGAUGAGAAGGAAGCAGGACAGAGCAAGGAGGUGGAGGAGGAGAGGCAGGCGGCUGGAGAGGAGACUGAAGACCUGACGAAGGGCGGCCACACAUAUGGGCAAGGGGUCAAGACACAGCAGAAAGAGGAAGAAGAGAGGGAAGAAGAGGCAUGUCAAAAGGAGGAGAGCACAUUGGCAGCUAAUGAAGAGGAGGAGUGUGUGAUCAUUGAGCCUGAGCUCGGAGCAGCGCCACCUGCAGAUGAGUGUCCGUCUCCCUCUCAGAGCACCGAAGAUGUGGCUAACUCUCUCCUCUGCCUCGGCCGAGUCUCCAACAACAGUGCUCCAACUGUGGCCACUCAGCAGCCUGUUGCUAUGGAGACUGAGGAGGCUGUCAUGCUGGCAGCUGAACAGGGCGAAGAAGUAAAGAGUGAGCGGGAGGGGGAUAUGAAUGAGGGGGAAGAGGAGGAGGUGGCACACAGAGUUCAAGUUUUGGAAGAGUCAUCUGGUCUGCAGAUGGAGGUAACUGAAGUGGAGUUGGAGAAAGAGCAUGGAGACAGAAGCAACCACAAAAGUCAGGAGAACCAGCCAGAUCUGACCGAUGAUGUCCACCACGAGCAGAUCAAAGAUGAUGUGGAGGAGGAAGAAGAGAUGAUAGUGCCAGCACAGCAGGUCACUCCAGCAGCACAAGAGGAGGAUGAGGAGAAAGUUGAGGAUGACCACAAAGAGGUAUACCACAUUUUGCCCAUUUCUGAUGUGCCAACUGCCAUCCGCACCAUCACCAGCACUGCAGCAGCUCAGGGAACACACACUGAGGCUCAAGACAACAGAGCCAGUCCUCUGGAGGACUACAAAUCCCACAGAGCCAGUCCCCCUGGAAACUACAACAGCAACAUAGCCAGUCCACUUGACAAAUAUGACUCUCAUAAGCAUAGCCCGCUUCAAAACUACAAGGCCAGUCCUCCUUUGAGCUAUAGCUCCCACAGGGCUAGUCCACUCGAGGACUACCUUCCCAACAUCAGAGGUGAGACCUAUAAAAUCAACAAAGUCUCAUCUUCAGCCUCUCCCGACAUUAUCGAGGUGCAGUCAGAUAAAUCAGAGGAGAAAGAAUUUGAUGACAUGGAUGGGGAUGACGAGCAUGAUGACGAGGACAGCUUGUCACAGCGUUCCACGGUGACGGACGAGUCAGAGAUGUUUGACAUCACCCGAGGGAACCUGGGCCUGCUGGAGCAAGCCAUCGCCUUGAAGGCAGAGCAGGUGAAGCCGGCCGGGCCCAGUGCACUGCUUUGCGCCCCAGAUAUCCACCACCAGCGAUACUUCACUAUGGAUGACAGGCCCAAGCACCUGGACGUUAUCCGCAAGAGCUACUUUGGCAAAGAGAGCAGUAGGCCUGAGAAGAGGGAGAUCAAGUGUCCCACCCCUGGGUGUGAUGGGACAGGUCACGUGACCGGUCUUUACCCCCAUCACCGCAGCCUGUCAGGCUGUCCGCACAAGGACAGGAUCCCCCCGGAGAUUCUAGCCAUGCAUGAGAAUGUGUUGAAGUGUCCAACUCCUGGCUGCACCGGUCAGGGCCAUGUUAACAGCAACCGUAACACCCACCGCAGUCUUUCUGGAUGUCCCAUUGCUGCUGCAGAGAAGCUGUCCAAGGGCCAAGAUAAGCCACAUCUCUCUCAGCCAGGCAGUGAGCUCCUCAAAGGCUGUCCUAAUGACAGAGUGUUGAGGCCCAUGUGCUUUGUGAAGCAGCUGGAGAUGCCUCAGUAUGGCAGCUACAGGCCCAACAUGGCACCAACUACACCUCGCGCCAACCUGGCCAGGGAACUGGAGAAGUACUCCAAGGUGUCCUUCGAUUAUGCAAGCUUCGAUGCUCAAGUGUUCGGGAAGCGCAUGCUUGCUCCAAAGAUGCCCACCAGCGAAACUUCACCCAAAGCCUUCAAAACUAAGCCCUCAUUCCCCAAGUCACCAUCACCCAGCCUCAGUCUCCAUGCUUAUGGGAAGAGCUCCUCCCUGGCCUAUGACUACUCCCAUGAUGCUGAGGCCGCUCACAUGGCCGCCACUGCCAUCCUGAACCUGUCCACGCGCUGCUGGGAGAAACCGGAAAACCUCAGCACCAAACCCCAAAACAAAGAAAUGGACAUUGAGGUGGAUGAGAACGGCACCCUGGACCUGAGUAUGAAGAAGCCCAUUAAACGAGAGGGCAGUCUAUCUGGCACCAGCCCCGGAGUUCGCUCCCCAGACCCUUCCUCCUCAUCUUCUUCCUCGCUUCAUCAAGGUGGGAGCAGCGGGAUGACAUCACCAAACUUACACAACUACAAGCAGGAGGAGUGGGAGGGACCUCUGGAUUACACCAAACCCAACCGCCAAAGGGAGGAGGAAAUGGAUGAGAUGGAGCACACAGGCCAGUCGUUCAUCUCAUCUGACCCAGAGGACUGUGACAUGCAGGACUGUCUAGAGGAAAGGAAGUACCCAGGAGAGGUUACAACCCCAAGCUUCAAGGUCAAGUUCCAGCCCAAGGAUAGCAAGAAAGAGCUGCUUUCCUGCCCUACACCUGGCUGUGAUGGCAGUGGUCACAUCACUGGAAACUAUGCGUCCCAUCGCAGUCUGUCUGGGUGUCCUCUCGCUGAUAAGAGCCUUCGGUCCCUCAUGGCGGCCCACACCCCUGAACUCAAAUGCCCCACUCCAGGAUGUGAUGGCUCAGGUCACAUCACAGGAAACUACGCCUCCCACAGAAGUCUCUCUGGGUGCCCGCGUGCCAAGAAAAGUGGAAUUAAAACUCCUACCAAGGACAACCAGGAGGACUCCGAGCUUUUAAAAUGCCCUGUGCCGGGCUGUGACAGCCUGGGUCACAUUAGUGGGAAGUACGCUACACACCGUAGUGCCUACGGGUGUCCGCUGGCCGCCCGCAGACAGAAGGAGGGUCUUCUUAAUGGCACACCCUUCAACUGGAAGGCCUUCAAGACAGAGGGGCCCACUUGUCCCACCCCAGGUUGUGACGGCUCCGGACACGCGAAUGGAAGCUUCCUCACACACCGCAGCCUCUCAGGAUGCCCUAGAGCCUUGUACGCCAAGAAGAAGGCAAAGUUCUCCACAGAGGACUACCUGAGCACCAAGUUCAGAGCCAGUGAUGUUUUGGACAAUGAUGAGGACAUCAAGCAGCUCAAUAAAGAGAUCAACGACCUCAACGAUUCCAACAAUGAAAUGGAGGCUGACAUGGUCAACCUGCAGACUCAGAUCUCAUCCAUGGAAAAGAACCUGAAGAGCAUUGAGCAUGAGAACAAGAUGAUCGAGGAACAAAACGAGGCUCUGUUCAUGGAGCUGUCGGGUCUGAGCCGUGCUCUGAUCCGCAGCCUGGCUAAUAUUCGCCUGCCACACAUGCAGGAGCCUAUCACAGAGCAGAACUUCGACAGCUACGUAAGCACCCUGACUGACAUGUACACCAACAAGGACUGCUUCCAAACCCCUGAGAACAAGGCUCUGUUGGAGAGCAUCAACAAAGCUGUGAAGGGCAUCAAAGUCUGAGGCUCCACACACAUGCACGCACACACAUAUACGCACGCACGCACGCACGCACGCACACACACACACACACACGCACGCACGCACGCACGCACACACGGAAUGCACGCAAACUGUCCUGAAGCACAGGAGCGUGAAGGAGGUGGAGAUGAAGGAGAGAUGUUGAAAUACUUCACAAUAUAUUGAAAUAUGAUUCAAAAACAAAAAGGGAAUUCAGGUUAUUUAAAUAAAUGGCAACUUAAAAAAAAUCAACCCAGGGAGCACUCUGUUAGAAGAAAAGUGAUGUGGACCAAAUCCUUCCCAUGCUGGGAUUAGGAGGAGCGAGAGAUCCUUCAGCCUGGAUGGAUGGAAAAGAGACUGAUGUUGGAAGAAACUGCAUCUGGGGGUUUAAUAUGCUGUAUGUUUACCUGUUGUCUCUUUGUGUCCUGCGCUGAGGAGGGGUUCACUGUUGCACGGAUGAUCAGAUCGUUGCACUCCACAUAGACUGAAAUGUGGAGCGACGCGAACACGACUGCUUACAGGGUGUAGGCGACGUGAAGAGGACGCAGAGGAGCUGGACGUGAGGACUCUGAGACUCUGCCGUCCUGUAGCAUGCACUGUGGCCAACGUGUGCGCUCACCGGCUCCAGAAGCUUUCUGAUUAAUGACAACACACACCGGCAAUAUGAAGCAUGCACUAAACUGAAUUUGUGUUUGCUUUACUACUGCAGCAGAGAUGUCAACAGUGCAAUGUUGACUCAGUUCAGUGAGAGGAAAAAAAAAACUUCAAGCAAGGUCAUGAGACAGAUCCAGGAACAGUGUAGGGUUUUAUUUUUUUGGGACGGCUGAUAUCAUGAUUUGACAGCAGCAGAUAAAUCCCUUUGUUCCUUUUUUAAAAACUGAAUUGAUAAUAGUAAUAGUGUGCACACAUUUCAGAUUCAGUUGGUCAUAUCAAUAGUAUUUAUCAGCAUAGGAACUGCACUUCAUUUCCAUGAAUAGUUUUGUGGUACAAUAAUUAUUGUUAUAUAUGAAUUAUUUAAACCUGUGAACUUUUAAAUUGUAACUUAUUGCCAUUUAUGUUAUUGAGGUUUAUUUAUUUGGAGCAAUCUAUUUAUUAAUUUUGUUUUUGUAACACAAAAAAUGCGUCUUUACUGAUUUUCAUGGUCAAAGCGAUGUCUUGUGUCAAUAUUUUAAGAAUUUAAGAGAUAACUUACAAGGCAUAUUUUGUUUUGAGGACUUUUAAAAAAUCUUUUUUAAGUGCAGAUGUUUUAUAACUGACAAAAACAUUUGAUAAUUUUGCAAAAAAAGUUAUUUUUUGGGUUCUUUCUUCUCCUUCUUUUGUUGAUGUUCUUUCUGUUGCCGCUACAUUCAGAAACUGCUGAGAAAAAAGAAAGUAUGUAUUUAUUAUUUAUUUAAUAUGAAAGAAAUUGACUGAUAUGGCUGUAUAUUUAUUUUGUUAUUUAUGUGCUUGAUGUGACAGUUGAGUCUGAGUAGUCUUAAAGCUAAUAUUUAAAUAAAGAAACAAAAUCAAUACAAAUACUGUUUGAUUACUUAGGCUCAUAAAUAGACAUACCAGCAGCUGAUUGUAAUGACAAAAAAAAAAAAGAAACCCAACAAAAGCAAUCACUGUUCUGUUGCUAUCUGGUCUGGUGUGUGUUUGCUUUUGUCAGGUAAAAGAAAACCGAGAAAAGUAAAAAAAAAAAAAAAAAAAAAAAAAAAAAAAAUGAAAGAAAGAAAGAAAGAAAGAAAGAAAGAAAAUAACAUAGAGUUAAAAAAUGUUACCUCUCCCAAGCGCUUUGUAGCGGCCAGCACUGGCUCAUCCAAAACCUCUGUAAUGUACCAUAGAUGAUUAAGUAAUGCUUUGACCUUUUUUCUUAUUUAUUAUUUUCAUCAGUACAAUGGUACAUACACAGUACAGAGCUCUGUUCCAGCUGUGGGUUUAGGCUGGAUGUAUAGCUCUAAAACACACACACACACACACACACACACACACACACACACACACACACACACACACACACACACACAGUGACAUAUCCAAACCUUGAGGAUACUGUAGGAUGGCUUCCUUUGACAAACUUUUAUCAGAUAAACAUACACACCCUUGUAGCCUUAUUCUAGAUUAAAAAUUUUUGAUGCACAAAGUGCCACUGAAAAAAAAAUGAACUCACUUUCUUUCCUGAUUCUUCGCAUUUCUGCAAUGUAACAGUGUCUGGUCCUGGGAAGACCAAGGCAUCAAGAGAGUGGUGAUUGUUUCAGAUGCCUUUAUUUCUCUGCCAAGAUGGCCAUUAGUACGCUAUAUAUACAUUCUGUAUAAAUAGAUUUUAAAGAUGCUAUAUAUAUGAAUAUAAACAUACAUAUAUUUUUCCAGUGUAAUUGUUGACUUGCUCUUCAUCUCUUGUAUUACCUUAUCAAAGGAUGACUAGUUGUCUAGAAGAGAUGUGAAGGGCGUUAUCAAUAGAAGGCAGUUACACCUUAUUUAAUACCACUAAGACCUGUUGAACUGUGGCUUUAAACAUACAAUUCAGUCAAGCUGAAGGCAAAGUAGGCAUUGAUGAUACAGGACAAUAUUUUGGAAGAGUUUUCAUGGGUUUCCUUUUUUUUCCUUUCCUUUAUUUGUCUGUCCUUGAUCCAGAAAUGUCAAAAACAUCUACUGUGUGUUGUAAUACUGAACCUGAGAAAUGACUGUCAAUUUGAAACUAGAUUGUUGGCUCUUUGUUCCUAAGUGUCAUGUGAGUUCAUGUAUAGAAAAAAAAAAGAUGAUGCCUCUGAAUAAUGUUCUGCACAUAGUGUUUGGCAACAUUGUGCAGUUACUUUAUUGUUAUUGGUAAGGCCUGCUCGCUGUGGGCCCAUUCUCUCUAAUGUUGAAGCAAGCAAGUAGGAGACGUUAGAGUAACCUGCCUCUGAGUGAUCUGUUUCAGCUACUGUGGUGUACAGUAUUAUACCCUUGUGUAACUCUGAUGUCAAAGGCAUGUUGUAAAUGUGCUUUUAGCCAAUGUAGAAUGAAACUCCUUUGUGCACUUUCUGAAUAAUCGUUGAAAAUGCCAGCAUUGAGUAUCGACUUGUAAGAACCCUAAUAGAUCACAAGCAAUAGACAGAAUACACCGCCAGUGGAGGGUGCAUUACAGUACAAAGCAUUGUCACACCUGUUUGUUGCUGUUCACAUGGAAAACAUGCUGCAUGGUUAGGUCAGACAUCUCUUUGAUUCAGGGGGUUCAGCCCGUGCUGUUCAAAAUGUAUAAAAAGGCAGUAGUACUUUCUAUUCCAAACAAAAACCAAAAGAGAUUGACAGGAAGCAGAGUUUGGUUCUCAGGUGACCGAGGAGAGCUGCUAAAGCAGAACAGAGCAAUGCCAUAGGUCAGCCAGUCAGCUGAGGCUAGAGGCGAUAGCAGCGGCUGGAUCAAGGCCUCGUGUGAAAUGAGAUGAGUGUGUGGGAGUGGGAAAUUGAUUUGCCAGGCUACACAAUCUCCCCCUUGUUUUAGGAGGAGGCGUUUGUUGCAUAAAUAUGUGUCCAUCACUCAAAAGAAUGUCAAAGCUUUUUAUGACUUUUAAACCCCCCCUCGCCCCUCUUCUUCAUGUCUUGUGUAACCUUUCCUCAGGAAAGACAGUUCUGAUGCAUUUGGUUAACAAAGUAGCAUACUCUUCCUCUCUUGAAAUGCACGAGAAUACUACCCAAGAGUGUUAAGACUGUGAAUAUUCUCCCAACUUAUUUGAUAUGGCAUGACCCCUUUUAAACUGCUUGAUGAAACUGUCUACUGAAGUAUGUAAAUGAAUAACACUGAGGCCAUGAAAGCAUAGCAUUUUCAAAAAAUGUCAGCUGAGAAAGAAAAUACAGCCUACGGUUGGUACUGUGCCCACGCACUGUAUGUUUUCUAAUUUACAUGAAAGUACUGAGUGAUGGAGUUUUAUUAUUCUAAAUAGCGAAGGAAAUUAAAAACUACUGGUCAGGGUCCAGUUUCCAAGGCACCUGGAAUGAAAAUGAAUUUAACAGGAUAAUACUUUCAGGGAAACCAGCCCAGACCAAAAUCCAGCUGUGUGUUUCAGAGGGGGGAGGCACACCUUUGCAUUCUGACUUCAUUUUAGCUGCAAACGUAUGUUUGUCAAGAGCAGAAUGGUCACACUUGAAUGCACACAUAGACUAAUGAGAAAGAAGUGUCUACUUAAGUGGAACUUUUCAUCAAGCUGAGCAGAACCAAAAGCCUCCCCUUCUCCCCCUCCUCCCGACUGUAGUUACAAGCUGUGUGGUCUUAUCAUGUGUGCCUUUCUCACUCCACUCAUUUCAAUAUAUAGUAUGUUUACACUUGGCAAACCUGGUUCAAAUACUGUUGAAAACAUUAGGUCUGGAUCUCUUAACCAAUACUUUUGGAGAUUACUAUGUGUAAGAAAUAAAAAUCGAUAAAUGUGUCUUUUACACGCAGGUAGAGGCCAUUUUGUGAGAGAGAGAUACAAAACAUGAAGCUUUUGUUAGGCGAUAGAAACUGUGAUCUCAUUCUGUCAAUUCAGGUACCAAACUGCAUGGUCAGUUUCUGUGAAGGAAUCUGAAGAACAACAUCAUUCACAUCAUCUCUAGAUAAUGCGUCAGUGUGCAGGGCAUUAUUUUGAAACACGUGGAAGUCUCUGUACAUAUUUGUAUUAAGAAGAAACAGUGUUAUUGUUGUUGUAUUGAAACAAGUUGAAAAUGGUUUUAAAAAAAAAGUUUGUGACAAAGAAAAAAAAAUCCACAGCCAAGGGUUGUCCUGCUAGCACAUUUUUACAGAGAUAAGCUAUUUUUACUGGUGAUUUUCUAGGCAUUGAUAUUGAUAUCCUUUUAAAAAAGUACAAAACUUCCAAAAUUACAAGCACUUCCACAAAGAUAGAUUGUAAUGGUCAUUUUUGUUACUUUUGUAGAUGUGGUCAUUCCUUUGCUACCGCACCAUUUUGUAAAGUGGGACAGGCCUUGGCUGUGUGUCCUCGGGGUCUCAUGUUUGUUUUUGUUUUUUGUUCGGGAAGUAAAACACUGUAGAUGGACCCCAUUUGUGACUGUGUGUUUGUGUACUUGUGUACAUGUUCCCCUGUUCCUGUGUCAGUGUUAUAAACCAGAGAAGUGAUGUCAGUUAUUGUGGGGGUAUGAACCAUUUUAAAUGUUCUCUAUGAAAAACACAAAUAAAGAA